CUCCUCUUCGGCGCUAAGAAGGUCUCCGACAGAAGAUGCUCUCGCUUGGUUCGCGAGAUGCCUCCUAUUCAAAACAAACGCCGCGCCGUUCGGGCAGCGCGUCGCCGAGGAAAAGAUCGCCCGUCGGCAAAAUUUCUAAUGUGCCAAGUUCUUUGUCACAACUCCUCGGGACCUUCGACUAUGAGGAAAAUAGCAGCAUCCUGGAUUCCAUCCCGGAGCGUGAGUGGCGUCUGCUCGCAGCGCUGGCUCGCAAGAGAGAGGAGGAUGACGAGAGGGAACGGCUCGCCGAUCAAUUUAGGAAGAUGUGGCAGAAGGAAAAAGAAGAGAGAGAGAUGGUAGAAGCUGAGACCUUAGACCAAUAUAAGCGCUACCUGCACGCAAAGCGGCAACAGGAAAGGUCGUGGUUGGAAUACAAGAGGUUCCAGAAAGGCCUGGAGCAGCAGGCGAGAAGGGGCCAGCUCAUGGACUGCAUCAGACACAAGGAGCGCAGAAGCCAGGACUUGCUGGCUUGGAGAGAUGAUAAAAAGGCGACUGAAAUAAUAGACAAAGCUCUGGAAGAAGAAGCGAGAGCGCAGUUGGCAGCCGACAGACGGAUUCGGAUGUCAGAAGCUGAGCAAUGGAAGAAGCGGGUAGAACUGCUGGACGCUGAGAAGAAAUCCAACGACGCCAGGAAACGUCGCAGCGCUAUCUUAAGGGACGCUUCGCAGCGAGUGGCGAUCUCCAACGCCCUAAACAGCUGGGAGUCGUCGCUGCUCCGCCAGGAGAUGUGCGCGUUGGAGUCGGCUCGGCGCGCGCAGCACGCGGCGCACGCGGCGCUCACGCACGCUCGCAGCGCGCGCCUCGCCCGCGCCAGGGACGCGCGGCUGAGGCGGGCGCGGAAACUCGCCGCCAUUACCGCUCAGAUGAGAGACGCUGUCAGGACUGGCAGGUCGUAGAGGGGCGGGAGCUAAUUUACUGUGUUUAAUGUGUCAGUAUUUUAAGUUUUGUAAAUUAUUAUGACAGGCACAGGAAGUCCACUGCUGAACAUAGGCCUCCCCCAAGGAUCUUGGCUUCCUGUGGCUGUGAUGAUGAAGAUGAAAUUAUUAUGAGUGUUAUGUGUUUGUUCGUGUUUGGUUUAGUAUUUUAAACCCAACAGGAAAUACGAGAAAGAAUCUCUUUUGUAAAAUCAAUAGAGACUGAAGAAAUCUAUAAAGAUUUCGUUGGUUUACAGUGCAGUAGUUACUAUAUCAAACAUUAGCGUGAGCAAAAGUUUACGUGUAAUGGAAAUAUCUGGCUAUCUCUCUCGCACAACAAUGUCACAAUAACAGUGACGUCACUGCGACUGUCUAUGCUUGUCUAUUCUUACUUUUUUUGACAUUUUAUAUUUCUGUUUUUAUCUUAUUUUUAAUAUAGCAUUAAAAUCAGCUCCACAUUACGCUCAGUAAAUUUGAUAAUACAAUAAGAAACAGUAUUAGUUGUAAUUAGUUUGUUUAAAAAUUCAUGAAUGUAAUUGUUUAUAAAGUUAACGUCCAAAGAGUACAAAGAAACAAUAAAUAACUAUAAAUAU